GACGCUAAGCCACAAGAUUAACAGCGAUUUCACUGUGUGUUCAUUAGGUCGUCUCUUCUUCACGACAUUAUAAACAUGGCGGCCGUGACUUGUUCUAAACCCUAGCAUCUGAAGCUGAUCCUCUGAAGCAGGUUCGUCUCAGAGACUCGCGAAGGUCACCACGAUCGCUGCCGACGCCAUGGCUCAGUUAAUGGGAGGCUCUCUAUUCUCAUCCACUCCUGUUGCUUUCCACUCAUCCAAAACAGAGUCAGUGCCGAUUUAUUGCAGAAUGUCUGGCCCGACGAAGUUGCAUUCAUUCCAAGAGCUGGGUGCGAAAACAUGUGAAAUUCAUGGCAACAGCUUAGCUAGUAACAGGGCUAGUAUUGUGCGAUCUAAUAAGAAAGGCGUUAUUCAGGCAAUACUGCAGAGUGACAGAGAGAUAGAAACAACCAACGGUGUUGGGACUAGAGGUCUGCGGGGGAAAUUAAAUAAGGUUGUUCUGGCUUACAGUGGUGGCUUAGACACAUCAGUCAUCGUCCCCUGGCUGAGGGAGAAUUAUGGUUGUGAAGUCGUAUGUUUUACUGCAGAUGUCGGUCAAGGCGUAAAGGAACUGGAUGGUUUGGAACAGAAGGCUAGAGCAAGUGGGGCUUGUCAAUUGGUGGUGAAGGACUUAAAGGAAGAAUUUGUGAGAGACUUCAUAUUUCCUUGCUUACGUGCGGGUGCGAUUUAUGAAAGAAAAUACCUGCUUGGGACUUCAAUGGCCCGUCCAGUUAUUGCAAAGGCCAUGGUGGAUGUUGCCAAAGAAGUUGGAGCUGAUGCCGUCUCUCAUGGAUGUACCGGUAAAGGAAAUGACCAGGUACGCUUUGAGUUGACCUUCUUUGCUCUAAAUCCCAAACUAAACGUGGUGGCCCCAUGGAGGGGAUGGGAUAUUACUGGUAGAGAAGAUGCUAUUGAGUAUGCCAAGAAGCAUAAUGUACCUGUUCCAGUGACAAAGAAAUCAAUUUAUAGUCGAGACCGGAACUUAUGGCAUCUUAGUCAUGAGGGAGACGUUCUGGAGGAUCCAGGAAACGAACCUAAAAAGGAUAUGUACAUGAUAUCUACAGAUCCAGAAGAUGCACCAAACGAACCCGAGUACGUGGAAAUAGGAAUUGUCCAGGGUCUCCCCGUCUCUGUGAACGGCGAGAUGCUUUCACCAGCAUCUCUUCUAACCAAACUAAACGAACUUGGUGGGAAGCACGGAAUUGGCAGAAUUGACAUGGUGGAAAAUCGUCUGGUGGGCAUGAAAAGCAGAGGCGUGUAUGAAACCCCAGGAGGAACCAUCCUUUUCGCAGCCACCCGUGAGCUAGAGUCUCUAACACUGGACCGAGAGACGAUUCAAGUCAAGGAUUCACUGGCCCUCAAAUAUGCAGAGUUGGUAUACGCAGGGAGAUGGUUCGACCCUCUCCGCGAAUCAAUGGACGCUUUCAUGGAGAAGAUCACAGAGACCACCACCGGCUCCGUCACUCUCAAACUGUACAAAGGCUCCGUCAGUGUGACCAGCCGGCGAAGUAUUUACAGUCUUUACAGGGAAGAUAUCUCCUCCUUUGAGAAUGGGCAGAUCUACGAUCAGGCCGAUGCCGCCGGCUUCAUCCGCCUUUACGGCCUUCCGACCAGGGUCCGGGCAAUGCUCCAACAGGGGGUCUGAUGGGAUGACGACGCGUGUGAGAAUUUCAAGGUAAUAUUAUUACUCCAUAUAUAUAUAAUAUUCACACACUUUUUAAUAUUGGGGGCUUCUAUUCAAAGUUAGAGGUUAUAAUGCCUUUAAUCAUUUAGUUCAAGAUGGCAAUUUUAUUAGUCUUUCUUUUUUUUUUUAAAGGUAGUUCUGUUUGUCGAUUAUAUUUGUACAUGUAGUUUUCUAUUGUAACUGAAGUUUAGAUUUAUAUCUGAAAUUAGGGUUGCAUUAUCUAGGAUUUUCAUUUAUUA